AUGGGCGGCGUACUUCUAGUGGAAAGCUCGAUGUUGAAGGUGCUACAUGCCAAGACCUCCGUCACGGCGCUGGGCAUAAGGGACCUAGCAGGGAGCCAGCUAGGUAGCAGGAGGAAUGAUGGCAUGUUCCAUGCGGAUGCAGACAGGAGGUUGCUUGGCUCGGCCGAGCAGACUAGGGGCGGAGUAGGAAGAGACAAUAGACUGGCGUAA